GAAACGUCAAACGCUUGUCAAAAUCCAAUAACCCCGAAACAACCGUAUUCAUUCUUCACGCGAGAUGAGCUGAAAAUUGCUCUAAAAAAAGAUUGAAUUGCCUUUUUAAUAAAGAGUUUUUACAGUGAACAAAAAGAAAUUCUGCGUGAUUCUUUUGGAAUAUUUGGAAAUUAUGUCGACAGCAGCCAAACUAACAUUUGUAGCGUCUCUGGCCACUACUGCCGGUAUCAUCUCUUUCAUUUACUACAAGCAACAUGACGAUAGAAUAAAACUGCAUGCUGGAAUCAUACGGGAUGUUCAACGGCAAGAGCAAAGAAAGUUUGAGAAUUUGUACGUAUUGGAACAGCAACAAGAGCUAACGAAAAAGCUAAAGGAGCGUGAACAAAAAGAUUUAGAAACACAAAAUUUGCAGACCAAUUAAUGUUCAAAUUUAGUUGUAAUAAUGAUUCGAUUAGGCGUUAUUUUGGCUCUAGUCAAGGGUAGAAAAAAUAAUUAAAUUGUUGUUAACAGAGAGACGUAUCGUAAUCACAAAUUUAAACUGUAUAUUAGUUUGUAAUAAGAUUAUCAGAAGAUUUACAUAAUAAGAAAAAUAUAAAACAAAUGAUACCUAUUCAAAAUCGUA